AUGCAACCCAAGAUCAAUGGAAUUAUCUUUCAGAGGAAUACAAAGAGCUCCGGCGCAACAUACAGGAGAUAUACCAAUAGAGAACGAUAUGAAUUACCUACCAAUAUACCAGUGAAUAUAGAUGAUGCAAAUGUUGCUGCCGAGAGAUUGCAAGAGGAAAUCACGGACUCCAAACUUUUGUUAAUCUCAGAAAUAUCUGAGUUGAAACAAGAAGUAAGCAGAAUAUCUCUAGGGAUCCGAAGCCCAUCCUCGGUUGUCUCGAGCUCCGCAUUCCCCUCGGUACAGGCCAGCUUGGAGGAACUGAGGAGGGAAAUGAAGGAGUUGAAAGACACUGCAGUUGACUCGACAUCACCUAUCAGACUAGCGAUAGAGGGCCUUAGAAGCGAUCUUAAGCAUAAAUCACAGGUCGAAGAGAGAGAGAGAGUCAAGAAAAAAAAAUGGCACAGAAUCAACUCAGGCAACAGGACUCACUAA